AUGAAGGGAGUUUAUUCGCCUAAACAAGUUGGUCAAAUUGUGUUUUCUAAUAAUGAAAAUCUUUAAUAAAUCAUUUUAAUAACUUAUCGAUAACUUAAUAAUGCUAUUUAAGGUUCUUAUAAAUAAAAGGUCCUUUUCAGGGUUCUUGAAGUAAGUUAAAAAAUAGAAAAGUUAGUCAAUAAGCAUAUUAGUUUGAAGAUACUAAAUGAUUUAAAAGCUGAAAUCUAGAUAUUGUUAGAAAAGGAGAAAAAUUUAUCUUCUGAGCACAUCCUUUUAUAAAGAUUAUUGAUUGAAUUAUAAAACAAAAUAAUCAUGGUUCAAAAAUGUCCAAUAAAAUGGGUGGGAAAAAAUAUUAAAGAUUAACUGGGAGACCAUUAAGUUGAAAUUUAUCAUUCCACUAAAUUAUAAAUGUAUGAUUUGCUAAAAAGAGAAAAAAAUUAACAUAAAAAAUUAAGGAAUUAAAAAUCAAAAACUUAAGAGUGA